AUGGAACGUCUUGACGAAGAGAGCGCCGAUUUAGAGUUUCUCGAAGAAAAUCUAAAGAAAACUAAUGUGUUGACUGAAAAAAUGACCAGCAUGCUCAAUGUAUUUGAUGACCGAUUGGUUAGACUAGAAGCUUCAAUUUUGCCAAUUCAUAAGGCAACUCAGACUUUAACGAGGCUAGCUGAUAGUAAGCAUCUCAUACUUUUAACUGGCGACUUGACCGAACGCGUAAUAAUGUAUAUGAGAUCAUUGGGUAUUUUGAUUUGGUGGAGAGAGAGGCAAAGACUAUACAGAGCGGGUGAAUAUUUAUUUUUGAGUGUUGAGCGUGUUGCGUGGGGUUGGAGGCCAAAAGAAGUUGAUUUGGAGCCAUACUUGAAUUCUAUUGGCAAGUGCAAAAAAGCUAUGGAAGUUUUGAGUGAAUCAAGAUUAAAGAGCACCGAGAGAGUUAUGGCCCAAUUGAAACAAUUAUUAAAAGCUGCGAUGUUGCAACUUGAAGAGUUAUUCCGUAAAUGGCUUGUGAAGUGGAGCAUUCCGAUAGAACCACUCGCUUAUACAACCAAAAACAAAGAUAUACCCGGAAUGCCAUCAGUUCCACUACAAAAUCUCGAAAUAUUAUCUUCGUAUUUGGCAACAUCAGAUGUGGAACUAGGCUACACAAGUGAAUUUAUCAAAGUAUACAUCGAAGUUCGAUCAGGGUACCUCGUAAAGUCUCUUACUAUGUUAUCGCAAGCUUCUAUAGCGACAGCUGAAAAGAGGAAUACCCCUGUCUAUGAAAAAGGCACGUGCGGGUUUAUUUCUUAUGUGGAUGCUAUGUUGAGGAUGUUUGAGACAGAGUAUUAUGAAGUAGCCACGAAAAUUCUACCCAAAGAUUAUAUCACGGAGGCAUUUAGAGGUGUCAUACAGAAUCCGCUUGAUGUUUUCGUGGAUACUGGUCGACAAUUAAAUACUCGGAUCAAAAGAAGCAUGCAAACUGAUGUAUUUUUGGCUUUUGAUAUGCUCGAGGCGUUGAAUAAGAAUGCUGAUUCGUUUGAAGAUAUUUUCCGGUUUGCCGGGAAUAAAGAUACUGGAUAUGGAGAACUUAUCCAUUCUUUACGUGGUGCCGCGUUAAGAUCUUUUCCAGAGUUUAUUGAAGACAUUAAGAUACAUUCCUCUAAAAAUACGGCACUGCCAAAUGAUGGCACUGUGCACGAAUUAACGAUCACUACCUUACAACAUAUGAAGCGAAUGACCGAUUACCAAGAAACGGUCGAGACAAUACUUCAGACAUUAGGCGAUGGCAAUUGGAACUCAUCCGAAAAAGAGCCAAUUUCUCGAGAUCGAUCUGGCCGAGGGGCGUUAAUGGGAAAUGCUAUCGUGCGGCAUUAUUUUGCCGAUUGCUUGGAGACACUAUCCAACAAUCUCGAUAGUAAAGCCAGAACAUACAAAAAACCCGCAUUAACAUACAUAUUCUUGCUCAAUAACUACCAUUAUAUCUUGAAAACGAUCAAAUCGCAAUUUGUGUUGUUGGUUGACAAGGAGAUUGAGAGUAAAUAUGAGAAGUUGGUAAAGAAGUAUAAUGAUGCUUAUCAGGACACAUGGAAACCUUGUAUCAAUCAUCUUAUGGAUUAUACGUAUGUGCGUGGCGGGACAUUGAAGACUACGUUGGGUAGUACUGAUAAACAAUCUAAUUUCAAUAAUGAGUUUGAUGAGCUAUACAAGGUGCACAAAGGCUACGCCAUACCAGACAUUGAUUUGCGAAAUCAAGUAAUUAAAGAUAUUAAAGUUGUCUUGAUUCCUAUGUACAACCGAUUUCUUGACAGAUAUCAGCAAUCGGAAUUUUCGAAAAAUCCAACAAAAUAUAUCCGAUACGAUUCUUCACAACUUGAAGUAAUGGUUGGUCGACUGUUUGAUGGAUCGUCGUAA